AACUCAAUUCCGUCAUACAAAAAAAUACAACAAUCAUCUUUCUUUUCAUCAAUCGUUUUGCUUGCUUGUAUUUCAGCAAAUUCUCUUGAGACACGUGUACGCCUAUUUACUGAUGUUCAAUUCAUCGUUGUUCUCAUUCAUGCAUUUAGAGUGAUGAAAUUAUUAUAUCAGUGGCGCAGUAAGAAAAAUUAAAUCCACUUUGCUUGUUUCUUGGGUCUAGUGCCGACAAAUAUUUUGUGAAUAUGUCGGAAUUUCGGGACUGGUAUUAUAGCGUACCAUGUUUUACACGAUAUUGGCUAACGUGUACUAUAGCUCUUAGUAUUAUUGGCCGAUUUGGGAUUAUAAACUAUUACUAUUUCGUUUUGGACUUCCGUCCUUUGGUUGUCGACUUUCAGAUAUGGAGACCACUGACAGCUCUCUUCUUCUACCCAAUCAACCCAUCAACUGGCUUCCAUUUCCUGAUAAACUGCUACUUCCUGUACAACUACUCUCAGAGAUUGGAGACGGGCAUGUUUGCGGGCAAGCCGGCGGACUACUUGUACAUGCUCAUGUUCAACUGGGUCUGCUGUGUUGUCAUUGGGUUAUUGGUUAACUUGCCAAUCCUGAUGGACCCUAUGGUUCUCUCAGUGCUGUACGUGUGGUGCCAACUGAACAAGGAUGUGAUCGUGUCAUUCUGGUUCGGAACACGGUUCAAGGCGAUGUACUUGCCAUGGGUGCUGCUCGCCUUCAACCUGGUCAUCAGUGGAGGUGGUGUGAUGGAACUACUUGGCAUCUUGAUUGGUCACCUUGCGUUCUUCCUGCUAUUCAAGUACCCUCAGGAGUUUGGAGGCCCAGCCCUGUUGUCACCACCACUUUUCUUGAAGGAAGUCUUUCCCGACACGCGGUAUGUGGGCGGUUUCGGUACAGCGCCCCAGGCGCGUGUGCCCACGAGGCCCGGGGGCACUGUGUUCGGGGGACAUAACUGGGGGCGGGGGCACACCCUCGGCGGCAACUGAACGACCAAUAGGACAACACGCAAAACUCGGCGCAGAUGCCGUUGCCUGACGUUUGGUGGUAAACAAAAUAAGUAUAAUUUUUACGACGAAGUCGUUGUUUUUCGUACAUUAUGGUUCCCGAGAUUUCUACAUCCAAAUACAAGGCGCUGUUGAAGACUGGUAAUAUACUACGUACAUUUUAAAUAUAAUAUAAGUAAAAUUCUGAUAUUUUUCACAGUUUGUCGCCAACUUUGUUUACCACCACUUAAUACGUCUUUCCUCAGUGCUGCCCUCUGAUAAAAUAAUAUUGUAAUGGGAACGCAAAGUGUUGAGUCACAUUAUAUGGACGUCUAAAGUACUAUUGAUACCUUGGGAUGUUUGUCACUUAAUCGUAAAAUCUACUCGACGGAUUCUGAUGAAAAUUGGUACAUGGGUAGAAAAUAACCUGAAAAAGCAUUAUGACAUUUAACAACCUGAAGUACGUGAGUGAAGUCCCAAGACAUUAGAAAUAAUGAAUUGUAGCGGGUGACAGAAAAAUGCGACUCGCGACUCGUUUCAUCUCUUUCACACGCAAGAUUUGUGACUGAAAAGGGAGACUACACGUGCGCCGGCUCGAUGCAUCGAAAGAACUUACAUUUUUGUCUCAUAUGUCAGUCAUUGAAUAUUAGAGAACAGUUUAUGCAAAGCUGUUCAGUUGUUGGUAAAUUUUAACUGAGCUAAAUUAAAUUAUAUUAUUUAUUUUGAAAAUGGGCUGUUAAAAUUAUUUUAUGACUGCUCUAAAAGAAAUAUAUACAGUAUUGCAAUAUGUCUUAAAUGGCUCAAUAACAGUUUUAAUAUAAAACAUUGCAUCUAAUGCAACAUCCGAAAAAUACAAAAAAGAUCUAAAAUAUAAUACUUACUUUAUCUUAUUAAUAAUGGAUAAAUGUCAUUUCAUAGUCCCAUGUGUGUAAUUUUGUGUAAAUGUUAAAAGGAUUUCAGAAUUGUUUUAUUUUUAAAGUUGUGGGAAUCGUUGAAUAGGUGUUUUCAAAAAUACAAUUAUAAAUCCUGUAAUAGAAUACUAUAUAAAAUUCAAUAAUUUGAUAGGAGUAUCAAUGUCCAAAUCACCAACAGAUAUGCAUAUUACGCCGAGCAAAAAUAGUUAAAACUGGGCCUAAACCCAUUUUUGAAAUGGUUUAGAUAUUCUAUGAAAAAUAUCAGAAAUACUUUUUAUUUAGUGGAAGGGAAAACGUUUUUAUGAAUAAGACUUCAAUUUUUAUGUAUGAAAUCCAAAAUCACCAGUCUUUUGCUAAUCAAGAAACAAUCUAAUUUUAAUAACUUAAUUCAUUUUGAACAAAUCAUGAAAUUUGUAACUGUUUAGAUUAGACCAAAUUCUAUUAACUCCACUGACGACUAAAAUGCAUUUAUUUAUGAUAAAGUAGGUGUCAAAUUGUUUUGUAUAAUUUUAUUGUUUAGGUUUACAUUACAGUAAUAUUGUAUUUAAGAUAUGUAUUUGUUCUGUGGUAUUGAGUGAUUAAAUUUCACAUUCAUAAAUGUAGCAAAAUUGAAGAAAA